AUGUCUUCUUCGAGUUGUACGGUGCCUAUAGAAGAACGGUUAUCGAUUGAAGAACAUUCAGGAGAAGUCACUGUGAAAACUCAGAAGAUUAGCCGUUUUUUCAAACAACAGUGGGUUAAGUUAUCUGAUGAAGUAUGUGUACUAUUAACAUUUCAUCCGAAAGAAUGGCUUAGUGCUUUUCGACACAAUUCAAAGUAUCCUCUAAUUCUACAUGGUGACAUUGAUGGACUUGUUGCAUUAUUUAUCGAUAACUUAGCAACAUUAUUGGCAAUUAUUCUUGCACUUCAACCUGUAUUUGAUCCUGACAUUGUGUAUGGAAAGAUACGUGGCUCUGGCCAUGUUAUGGGGAAAUAUUUAUUAUGUCUACAUGGCCCGAAAGCUUGCUUACAAGGAGAAACGCGGCGAUUCAAAAUUGGUCCCAUACCAAUAGCCGUUGUAGCUCUAAUGAUUGGCACAGCUCUCGGUUGGGCAACAUCAACAAACGAGGCACAAGCCGUACGUGACGCCAGUAAAUUAGUUAAACCAUAUGCGCCAGUAUUUCCGGUUCGAGGCAUGUUCGAAAAUAUGAAUCGUAUCGGUCCGUACCUAUCCAUCACUAUUCCAACAGCUAUUUCAAUUGCUAUUGAAACUGUGCAAUGUGUUGAAUCAGCAAAGAGAGCUGGUGAUUUUUAUCCGACUCGGGAGGCCAUGUUUGCUGAUGGAAUGGGAACAAUACUUGCAAGCCUAUUUGGCUCAAUUCUUGGCAUGACCGGUGAGAUAUUUUAG